UAUAACAUAUUUUUAUAUUAAGCUAUGAAACAUAUUUCUAUAUGGAGAUAUGUAAUACACUUUGGCAUGCAAUAUCCACCGCAUCAUCCGAGUCCUUACUCAUGCCAACACUCACUCUCUUUCCCUCAACACUCAUUGCCACAGGGGGUCAUGCACAGCACCAAGCCACAUCAGAGCCUCGAAGGUCCUCCGUGGCUUUUCCCUGGCCCUUUGCCAUCCGUUGCCUCCAAGGACUUAUUUCCUUUUCCUAUACAUGGUCACAGUGGUGGUUAUCCUAGAAAAAAGAUUUCAAGUCUGAACCCUGCUUAUAGCCAAUACUCCCAGAAAAGUAUCAAACAGGCAGAAGAGGCUCACAAGAAAGAGCACAAACCCAAAAAGCCUGGCAAGUACAUUUGCCCUUACUGCAGCAGAGCGUGUGCCAAACCUAGUGUACUGAAAAAACACAUCAGGUCCCAUACUGGGGAGCGGCCAUAUCCAUGUAUACCUUGUGGUUUCUCUUUCAAGACAAAGAGCAAUUUGUACAAGCACAGGAAGUCACAUGCCCAUGCAAUUAAGGCAGGAUUAGUACCUUUCACAGAGUCAGCUGUAUCUAAAUUGGACCUAGAGGCUGGUUUUAUUGAUGUAGAAGCAGAAAUACAUUCAGAUGGUGAACAGAGUACAGACACAGAUGAGGAGAGUUCUUUAUUUGCCGAGGCCUCUGACAAAAUGAGUCCUGGUCCACCCAUCCCACUGGACAUUGCCAGCAGAGGUGGCUAUCAUGGGUCAUUGGAGGAAUCAUUGGGAGGUCCAAUGAAGGUGCCGAUUUUGAUUAUCCCCAAAAGUGGGAUUCCUCUUCCUAACGAAAGCUCUCCGUAUAUUGGCCCUGAUAUGCUACCAAAUCCAUCUUUAAAUACUAAGGCUGAUGAUUCGCACACAGUCAAACAGAAACUUGCACUAAGACUGUCGGAGAAAAAAGGACAAGACUCUGAGCCAUCGCUCAACCUCCUGAGCCCGCACAGUAAAGGAAGCACUGAUUCUGGUUACUUUUCUCGCUCAGAAAGCGCUGAGCAGCAAAUAAGCCCUCCCAACACAAAUGCAAAGUCUUAUGAAGAAAUCAUCUUUGGAAAAUACUGUCGGCUCAGUCCGAGAAAUGCACUCAGUGUUACAACCACAAGUCAGGAGCGUGCCGCAAUGGGUAGGAAGGGCAUAAUGGAACCAUUACCUCACGUAAACACCAGGCUAGAUGUCAAGAUGUUUGAAGAUCCUGUUUCACAGCUGAUCCCAAGCAAGGGAGACGUCGACCCCAGUCAAACGAGCAUGCUGAAAUCCACUAAAUUCAACAGUGAGUCCCGACAGCCCCAGAUUAUUCCACCCAUCAGGAAUGAAGGAAAACUUUAUCCAGCAAACUUUCAGGGCAGCAGCCCGGUUCUCUUAGAAGCUCCUGUAGACUCUUCACCCCUUAUUAGAAGCAACUCAAUGCCAACUUCUUCAGCAACUAAUUUAACUAUUCCCCCUUCUUUGAGAGGAAGUCACUCAUUUGAUGAAAGGAUGACUGGUUCCGACGAUGUAUUCUAUCCAGGGACUGUGGGCAUACCCCCGCAGCGCAUGCUAAGAAGACAAGCGGCAUUUGAGCUGCCUUCAGUACAGGAGGGCCAUGGGGAGGUGGAGCACCACGGCAGGAUGUUGAAAGGUAUCAGCAGUUCAUCCCUGAAGGAAAAGAAAUUAUCUUCUGGGGACAGGAUUGGGUAUGACUAUGACAUCUGUCGGAAACCCUAUAAGAAGUGGGACGACUCUGAAACACCAAAGCAAAGCUACAGGGACAUUUCCUGCUUGAGUUCUUUAAAACAUGGUGGAGAAUAUUUUAUGGAUCCUGCGGUGCCAUUGCAGGGAGUACCAAGCAUGUUUGGAACUACCUGUGAAAACAGGAAACGCCGGAAAGAGAAGAGCGUAGGGGACGAAGAGGACACCCCCAUGAUCUGCAGCAGCGUCGUAAGCACUCCUGUGGGCAUCAUGGCUUCUGAUUAUGACCCCAAACUGCAGAUGCAGGAAGGAGUCAGGAGUGGAUUUGCCAUGGCUGGACAUGAAAACCCUUCUUAUGGUCACACUGAACGCUUUGACCCGUGUCGACCCCAACUGCAGUCUGGAAGUCCAUCUCUUGGGUCAGAGGAGUCACCAUCAGCCAUUGAUUCAGACAAGAUGUCAGACAUAGGGGGCAGGAAACCUCCUGGAAAUGUGAUUUCUGUGAUUCAGCACACCAACUCGCUGAGCCGACCCAAUUCAUUCGAAAGAUCUGAGUCAGCUGAACUUGUGGCCUGCACACAGGAUAAAGCCCCUUCCCCUUCGGAGACGUGCGACAGUGAGAUUUCAGAAGCCCCAGUGAGUCCUGAGUGGGCUCCACCCGGGGAUGGUGCAGAAAGUGGGGGGAAACCCUCUCCAUCUCAGCAGGUGCAGCAGCAGUCCUAUCACACACAGCCCAGGCUAGUUCGGCAACACAACAUCCAGGUUCCCGAGAUUCGAGUGACUGAGGAGCCUGAUAAACCCGAGAAGGAGAAAGAAGCCCAGAGCAAAGAGCCAGAGAAGCCUGUGGAAGAAUUUCAGUGGCCCCAAAGAAGCGAGACCCUUUCCCAACUCCCUGCCGAGAAGUUGCCACCCAAAAAGAAGCGUCUUCGACUUGCAGAUAUGGAGCACUCCUCAGGGGAGUCCAGCUUUGAAUCCACAGGCACAGGCCUCUCCCGCAGCCCCAGCCAAGAAAGCAACUUGUCCCACAGCUCCAGUUUCUCCAUGUCUUUUGAAAGAGAAGAAACCAGUAAGCUUUCUGCACUUCCUAAGCAGGAUGAGUUUGGGAAGCAUUCAGAAUUUCUGACCGUCCCUGCUGGUUCAUACUCGUUGUCUGUCCCAGGCCAUCACCACCAGAAAGAGAUGCGACGCUGCUCAUCAGAGCAGAUGCCUUGUCCUCACCCAGCGGAAGUCCCAGAAGUUCGGAGCAAAUCAUUUGACUAUGGGAAUCUGUCCCAUGCUCCUGUGUCGGGAGCAGCAGCCUCCACAGUAUCACCGUCCAGGGAGAGGAAGAAAUGCUUUCUGGUGCGGCAAGCUUCCUUCAGCGGCUCCCCAGAAAUCGCCCAGGGUGAGGCUGGCAUGGAUCAGAGCGUGAAGCAGGAGCAGCUAGAGCAUCUGCAUGCUGGCCUCCGGUCCGGGUGGCACCAUGGCCCACCCACCGUGCUGCCUCCUCUUCAGCAAGAGGACCCAGGGAAGCAGGUGGUAAGUCCUUGUGCCCCACUGAGCUCGGGGCCACUGCACCUGGCCCAGCCACAGAUCAUGCACAUGGACAGUCAGGAAUCUUUGAGAAAUCCCUUGAUCCAACCAACAUCCUAUAUGACAAGCAAGCACUUACCUGAACAGCCACACUUAUUUCCACAUCAAGAGACAAUUCCCUUUUCUCCAAUCCAGAAUGCCUUGUUUCAGUUUCAAUAUCCUACAGUCUGUAUGGUUCAUUUACCAGCUCAGCAGCCUCCCUGGUGGCAGGCGCAUUUUCCACAUCCCUUUGCUCAGCAGCCUCAGAAGAGCUAUGGCAAACCCUCUUUUCAGACAGAAAUCCAUUCAAGCUAUCCCUUAGAACAUGUGGCGGAGCACACUGGAAAGAAACCUGCUGACUACGGACACACGAAGGAGCCGACCUACCCCUGUUAUUCAGGAGCAUCAGGGCUACACCCAAAGAACCUUCUUCCAAAGUUUCCAUCAGACCAGAGCAGCAAGUCCACUGAAACGCCCUCUGAGCAGGUUCUUCAAGAAGAUUUUGCCUCAGCAAAUGCUGGGCCUCUGCAGUCCCUCCCGGGAACAGUGGUUCCUGUUCGGAUCCAGACACACGUACCAUCCUAUGGAAGUGUGAUGUACACAAGCAUUUCUCAGAUACUUGGGCAGAAUAGCCCUGCCAUUGUCAUAUGCAAAGUCGAUGAGAAUAUGACCCAAAGGACACUGGUCACCAACGCAGCCAUGCAAGGGAUAGGAUUCAACAUUGCCCAGGUGCUGGGGCAGCAUGCAGGCUUGGAAAAGUACCCCAUUUGGAAAGCACCUCAGACUCUACCCCUUGGCUUAGAAUCCUCAAUCCCUUUGUGUUUGCCUUCCACCUCCGACAGCGUGGCCAGCCUGGGAGGUAGCAAGCGAAUGCUUUCUCCAGCCAGUAGCUUGGAGCUCUUCAUGGAAACCAAGCAGCAGAAAAGGGUCAAAGAAGAAAAGAUGUAUGGACAGAUUGUGGAGGAGCUUAGUGCCGUGGAGCUGACCAACUCAGACAUCAAAAAGGACCUCUCCCGCCCCCAGAAACCCCAACUGGUUCGACAAGGGUGUGCUUCUGAGCCAAAAGAUGGCUUGCAGUCAGGGUCAUCUUCCUUCUCCUCUCUGUCACCCUCCUCAUCUCAAGACUAUCCUUCUGCUAGCCCGUCCUCCAGGGAGCCAUUCCCGCCCAGCAAGGAGAUGCUUUCCCGGGCAUCACUUCCAGGGCAGAAGUCCAGUGGGCCUUCUGAAAGCAAAGAGUCUUCCGAUGAAUUAGAUAUUGAUGAGACUGCAUCGGACAUGAGCAUGAGCCCACAGAGUUCCUCAUUACCAGCAGGAGAUGGUCAGCCAGAAGAGGAAGGGAAGGGCCACAAGCGGCCUGUUGGCAUGCUGGUCCGCAUGGCCUCUGCCCCCAGCGGGAAUGUGGCAGACUCGACUCUUCUUCUCACGGACAUGGCAGAUUUCCAGCAGAUUCUUCAGUUCCCCAGUCUGCGGACAACAACUACAGUGAGUUGGUGCUUCUUGAAUUAUACAAAACCCAAUUAUGUGCAACAGGCCACCUUCAAAUCCUCCGUUUAUGCUUCAUGGUGCAUUAGUUCCUGUAACCCAAACCCAUCAGGAUUGAACACCAAGACCACUCUGGCUCUUCUGAGGUCCAAGCAAAAAAUCACUGCGGAAAUUUAUACCCUGGCUGCUAUGCAUAGGCCUGGAACUGGCAAGCUUACGUCGUCAAGUGCUUGGAAGCAGUUUACUCAGGUAACAAACACUGUUUUAGGAAGAACUCUGUAUUGUGGAUUUGAUUGCUGAGCAGACUGCAUAGUGAAGGAUAUAAGGCUUAAAAAAAAAUACAAGUAAAAUGAAAGUCAGUGUGGGGGCAUCCUUCUCAGAAAGUCUGGCCUUACCCAGGAGUGGAAGAAGCCACUG